UUUUAGAGCGUUAAAAAUAGCGAAAUGUUUGAUAAACAAUUCGUGCUAACCGCUGCUUUCUCCGCUGUGAUCAUCAUCGCCUUCAUCGCAUUAAUGACCUUGACCCGUAUUGGCCGCUGGGUCAAGUCUCGCGCCUCCGCCGUGACCACGAAGGUCAAGACCCUCGCCUCCUCCGUGACCUCGAAGGUCAACAACUGGGCCAAGAACCACACAAAGCUGGCCGCCUGGGGGAAAUACAUCUUGGUGUUGACCGUCGUGGCAGCCUGGCUGGUGGCCUCUAACUACCGCGCCUUCAGGAGUAAGCCCCAGAACGGCGCCCUAGAGCGUUACCUGGCAUCUGUCGCCAGGGACGACGCCCUCAGGAAUGUUCUCGAUGGCUUCGUCAGAGAUGUUGCCGAGCGCGGCGGAAAAUUUACUUAUAACCAGCAUCUGCAGAUACUCCGGGACGCCUGCAAGCGUCGCGCCCACCGGAUGGAUGCUUCCCUCCUGACAGGUCCUGACGGCGCCCUCCUAGAGGCUGCUGACGCCGCCCUGCUGGAGACUGUAACCCUGGCAUCUAUAGACGCGGCGCUGCGAGUCUCUCCAGGCUUCGGCUACCAGGAAGACGCAGACGGAGAGGUAGGAGAGGCUUUAGGUGACGUCUUCCACGACACGGCCGACGCCGUCGUUGAGUUUUUGUUAAAGUUUUACACGACCCAGUGAGCGGAGAUGACACGCCCGGCGACGAGGGAGCUGCCUUCCACCAUGAAUGGCGGCCGCUGCCAUCCAUCACGAAUGACUGCAGCUGCCCUCCACCAUGGGUGAAGGCAGAUGCUGUUUACCAUGGGUGAAGGCAGAUGCUGUUUACCAUGGGUGAAGGCAGAUGCUGUUUACCAUGGGUGAAGGCAGAUGCUGUUUACCAUGGGUGAAGGCAGAUGCUGUUUACCAUGUGUGGAUGCAGAAGCCAGUCACCGUGAGUGGAGGCAGCGGCCAGUCAUCGUGAGUGAAGGCAGCGGCCAGUCAUCGUGAGUGAAGGAAGCUGCCAUCCGCCUCUGUUCAAUUCUUCCAACUUUUCUUCGUUCUUUAUUUUUU